UGCCCUGAUCGGUUAUAGAAACGGAUUUAAAGAUGAUUCGAAGUUUAUCGGGAAUAGUAAUAUUUGCUGCUCUGUGGAUCUUGGUUUUAGGUGGCCCAUUUAAUAGUAACUCAUGGAGUGGUUACUAUAUAGACAAUGGGACCCACUAUCUGCUCUAUGAGGGCACAGGCCAACAGAGUCCAAGCUUUUUGAAUAGAAAUAUAUCCACCAAUCCUGCUAUAAAUGCCUUGGAAGCACAGGAUUAUCUGCCAACUCGGAUUGUGAAUGGCAAGAAGAUCAAGUGCUCCAGGGCACCGUAUCAAUGUGCCCUUCAUUACAACAACAAUUUCAUAUGUGGCUGUGUAAUACUUUCCCGUCGUUGGAUUCUAACUGCCCAGCAUUGUAAAAUUGGUAAAGCCGGAAGCUAUACAGUUCGAGCUGGAUCGACGCAGCAGAGAAGAGGUGGUCAGCUUCGUAAAGUCCAGAAGACAGUGGUCCAUCCGGGCUACAGUGAAUACACCAUGAGGAACGAUCUGUGCAUGAUGAAGUUGAAAACGCCUUUAAAACUCGGUCGGUGUGUUCAGAAGGCAAAGCUUCCCUCGACGAAAACCAAACGAUUCCCCCGACGCUUUUUGGCCAGCGGAUGGGGUUUGACCUCGGCCAAAGCCCAAAAUGUCCAGCGUUAUCUGCGGGGAGUAACGCUUCACUUGGUUUCUCACAGCGAGUGUCAGCAGGAAUAUAGGGGCACAGGAAUCAAAAUCUACAAGGAAAUGAUUUGUGCCACAGGAAAGAACAAGGACACUUGCUCGGGAGAUUCUGGAGGUCCGCUGUGCCACAAAGGCGUCCUCUAUGGUGUCACCUCGUUUGGUAUCGGUUGUGCCAAUAACGAUUACUCAGGUGUUUAUGUCAAUGUGCUGCAAUAUGUUCCAUGGAUAAAGAAAGUGGCAAGAAAUAAUUGA